CUUCAUAAACUAAACCAAAGAAACGGGACGGACCUAAUUCUUUCACCUGAAGGUUGACGUUUGUCUUGAAGCGCAGGGAAGGGAGAAGCAUAUUUGAACUGAAAACUCUUCAGCAAAGAGACGUCACAAUGGAAGACCCAAACAACCCCGGAAAGUCGUACCCUCCUCCAACCUACGACCAAGCUCCCGGCCAACCGGAUUACGGACAACAGCCGGGUUACGGACAACAGCCGGGUUAUGGACAACAGCCGGGUUAUGGACAACAACCACAGUACGGCAUGAUGCCAAAUAUGGUACAAACCCAACAAGCGACUUCAACCAACCAGACCAUAGUCAUGGCGUCUAAUCCCGGAUACGGAGGUGGCGGCGCGAUCAUUGUAAACCAGAGCAGACCGAUCAGGCCAUCAAGUUACCUGGGCCUCUCCAUAUUCGUCCUGAUGUGCUUUAAUCUACCAUGCGGCAUCAUAGCGCUGAUAUUUUCGAUUUUGUCCUCGACUGCAGCAGAUGAGGAGGACUUCGAAAGCGCUCGUACGAGGGGCAAAGUGGCACUCGGCCUGAAUCUGUUCGGUAUGAUUUCUACAGUGUUGACAGUGGUGAUCGUGGUAGCCGUCAUUGUCUCAGCUUCGGCCAGAGUAGCAACAUCUUACUACUACUACGGGUAGUAAAUCCUACGGCGGUUUUAGUUUUUGGAACUGUGAGGGCGGGGUCACCACAAUGGGAAGAACAAUGCAUACAUUGCGCGUGCGUUUAUUCACUACUAACAUUAUAUACGGACAGUUUUGUUAUUUUAGUCAACAUUUCAUGCAGUUUUCACUUGGAUAUUUCCAAAACCAGUAAUCUUCGAAUAUUUUCCAUAUAUCCACACAUUUUCAUCAUUGGAAUUCUGUUCUACAAGAACAAGUGCCCUUAAUUGUGUAAUAUAUUCAUCCGAACUUUGUUUACCACUUAUAUGUGUGUCUGUAGGAUGUUUUUAGAAAUAUCCCUUUUCUAAAAAGAUAUCUUCAUGUGUUUUAAUCAAGAGCAAGGUGCUCAUUAUUGUGCCAUGUGAUACAUAAAUAUACUUAGGUUUUAUAUUUUUAUUUUGUAUCUAUACACGUUGCUUGUAUUAAACGCUUUAAACUAUAAAUUGCAGUGCCGUAUUUUUCCUGUAAUUACGAUACAACAGUUAUGUUUUGUAUUGUCCUAGGA